AUCGAACCACGGGUUAGGAUGAUGUGAUUUGUUUUCCUAAUUUUUUGUGAAAUUCCGCUGGCCAUCCUUAAAAUUUUACAGUAGAAGCUGAUCGCCAACGGCCCUCUGAAGUGAGCAUCGAAAAUUACAUGGAUGUUUUAUAAUAGAAGAAUUGUCACGUCAUAGUCGGACGUCACGAGCAGCGACGUCCGUGAUAAGCGUCAGGUCGGGGUUGAUGGUGUAGUGGUUGGUCGUUUGAGGGUUGCGAUGGCGGAGACGAGCGAGGCGCAGGCGAGCGCGUCGGCGCCGGGCGGCGACGCCGGAGGAGAUGACGAGAAGCGAGACGAGCGAAUGCUGGAAUGCAACAUUUGCCUGGACACAGCACGGGAUGCCGUCGUAUCCAUGUGUGGACAUCUCUUCUGCUGGCCCUGCCUUCACCAGUGGCUGGAGACGCGGCCGAGCCGACAAGUGUGCCCUGUAUGCAAGGCCGCCAUCAGCAGAGAUAAGGUCAUCCCGCUCUACGGCCGAGGGAACACCAAGCAGGAAGACCCCAGGAACAAGGUGCCGCCGCGGCCAGCGGGGCAGCGCACGGAGCCCGAGAACAACAGCGGCUUCCCGGGCUUCGGCUUCGGCGAGGGCUUCCACAUGUCCUUCGGCAUCGGCGCCUUCCCCUUCGGCGUGUUCACAUCCACCUUCAACUUCGGCGACCCGAGGCCUAGCGCUGCCCCGCGCGGCACGGCGCAGUACGAGGAGGAGCAGUUCCUCUCGAAGAUAUUCCUGUGGGUGGCCAUCCUGUUCGUGCUGUGGCUCAUCUUCGCCUGACCGACCCUCGCCUCCCCGACCGGGUCCAACACACCCGCGUUACACUCAUAUCCGGAAGGUAAACUGAUUGCACUCUGAUAUUUUAUUCAAGUUGAGUGACCAACAAUGUCUUGAUGUUAACAACAACAACACACAACAUCAACAACAACAACGGAUUCCUAGCCCAAUUUUGUGAGCGUGUCUACGAAACUUGGGCAUUUAUUUAUUGUCCUGUCAGACGCAAUAGUAGCUGUUUGUUUUAUGAUCGACUAACGUGAUGUGUAGAUGAGCCAUUAUAAAAAGGGCUUAUAAAUACCACAAAGGGUUUAAAGACCCAGGAGAACCAUAGCAACGAGAGACAAGAGAAAUUUAAUUCGCCGAAAUAUAAAAAAAAUAUGAUUAUAAAAGAUUGGAGCAACGUAAAUAAAAGUUUACAUUAUUCAUAAAAAGUGUAACAUUUGAACCGUGACGUGAUAAUCUCAUGAAAUAGGUGAGACUCCAUAUUACUAAGAAUAACCUUCCCUUUCUUUAAUGGGAAAAGUCACGGGUAAAAGCCUUUAACGAUUUAUUUAAUGUUGUGUUUUAGGUGGGUGCAAUUCUGUUGUCCGUGUGUGCGAAUUUGACCCAUAUCAUAUGUUUGUACUGAAUAUGCUUGUGCCGCACUUUUUUUGAUUGUACGUCGAUGGCAAACAUGCAUACGGCCUGCCUAUUGGUAAGAGUCUCUGUAGCCUAUGUACGCCUGCUACACACUAUGCACACGUGUACACUGGUGGAAUCCCGCCUUAACGUGUUCGCACACAUCAGUUCACUGAUUCUGAAUACGAGAUUUAAUAUUAAUUUCCUUUAGAAAUUGCUGUGAACGAAUUUAUAAGAGAAUUAUUUCAGAGCGUAGAUGUUAAAAUCCAGAUAAUAGAGAGUGACGUAAGGCAGCAUUAACUAUAAUGAACGUUUGUUUAAGAAAAAUUGAUUUAUAGUAAUACAGAUAUAUGUUUUUAAGUUUGCACAGAGGUAUAUUUGUUGACUUCAGAACCUAGCUCUUUCUGUCAUAAUUUAAAUAAAUACAGAAUAUCUUGUAAAUGGUCCACAGGGAAAUUUUUAUAAAUUUAAAUUACUAAGCGUUUUGGAGAAAUCGGCGAUGAGAAAAACGCUGUAAAUACCUUUUAAAAUAUUUUGCUAUAUUUAUUUGCAGUAAUAUACGAUAUUUAGUUAUAUAUUAGAAAACACUCGAGCUUGUGUGAACUAGAGAACUCAACGAAAGCCACUUAAGUCAGACGGUUGCUGUGAUAGUACGUUUUCUAGAAAAGUAGCUUAAAAUGAAAGUAAAUUUUAACCAAAGAGAAUUAAGAAGACCAAGAGUGCUCACUCCAUACAACGGUUUUGUUACCAAAAAUACUAUUAUUUUCGUAGUCUACAUCUAGCGUCAAGUAGCGGAACUCUCAGUACUGCUACUCGACUAUAGAUAUCGCGGCACACAAAAAGUCUAAUGCUCAACGAUUUUCAGCUAAUAUUAUAACCAGAGUAAGCGUAGGAGUUGAAAAUAGAGUUCCGGUUACUCUGGUUAUAAUAUUAGCGGUAAAUCGUUGAGCAUUAGACUUUUUGUUUGCCGCGAUAUCUAUUGUCGAGUAGCAGUACUGAGAGUUCCGCUACUCGAUGCUAGAUGUCAACUGCGAAAAUAAUAAGCGUUUUGGUACCAAAACUGAUUUAAGGAGUGAGCACUAUAUAUUUCUUAUUUCUCUAUUAUUUUAACUUACCUACUUAAUAUAAAUAAAUCACACAUAGGCAAACUUUUAACCUUCACACCAACCGUCUGAGUUAAGCAGUAGACCUAUAAUGUAUUCUUUCUCCCAACUAUCCAUCGCAAUAUACCGAUAUAGUACAGAUUAGUCGUUACCAGUAUCACGUUUCUAUAAAUAGUCGCCACCAAUUGCAUCUGAGCGAACGAAAUGCUCACAAAUAUCUGAACAUGACUACGUAUGUAUCUACUUAAAAUCAUUAUGCUGUGUUUUUUUACUGCUUUAUGUGGCUGCAUCAUGCAUUAGAGCUUGCUCAGAUAUUUUUAAGCACACUUGCAUGUAAGGAUUUGAUGUAAAAUCAAUGAAUAAGAUUAUUUUAUAAAUUUUCAACUUAUGAAUUGUUAAUGUUUAUACCUUUGACCUAUCAUACUAUAAAAUAUUAUGCUGAAAACCCCUUUUUAUUGACGCUUGCAACGGGCGGUGGCUGUCAUCUCAGUACAAUUACAAUACAAUCCAAUAUUGAACUCGGUUGACAACCGCCACGCGCAUAUAGCCAUGAUCAAAACUGUUUAAAUAAAAUAAACUUAAAUGUCUUACCUGAGCGAUUAACUCGCGAACGCGAAGCGGCGCGGCGCGGGUUAAUUAAAUCCUUUUAUACCUAUGGAAGUGUCCUACGUGGGCGAUCUCCGAAUGUCGUUGGGCCGCCGCGUCGCAUUAGCGAGUCAUCGCCCACGUAAGCCGCGCUGUAAGUGUUUCUUGUGUUCUAUCGUUCGCACUAUUAACUUAAUUGUUAUCUGGUGUACACGUACAGUCGCCAUCAGAUAUAUCGGAGCGGCCGAGGUGCUCACAAAUAUCUGAACACUCCUCUAUUGUCAAAGUGCUAGAGUGCGUGUCCAUAUAUUUUUGAGCACUUCGGCCGCUCCGAUAUAUCUGAUGACGACUGUACAUGUUGCUGCUUACACAGGGGGCAUUUUUAAUAUAUUGUGCUUUAGUAUCUAUACGAAUAUUGUAUCUUUUUGUAAACUGACAGUUAUUCAUCGAAUUUCAAAUGAGUUACAUUAAAUUAUAGCUAAGGUUAAAGUCACGUAUUUUUAGUUACUCGCGCGACAUGUUUCGGAGAGCCUGGGUCUCAAGUUUCAAUUUCGCUUAGCGUUGUCAACGCGCCGAAAACGCGGGUCUCCAAAAUAAAUAAAUAAGUCGCAUGGGUGACUAAUACGCAAGUUUAACUAGUUUAAUUUAAUGAUAGUUUUUAUAUAGAUCAUUUUAAUCGCAUUUGGGUCUCGCUUUAUCUAGGGUCCCGGACCGUGGGUCCGUCAAAUUAUGAAUUUAUUAUCCAUUCCUCAUUUUGUAGAGUUGUCUUUAUAUUGGAAAUAGCAGAAUGUUCUGAGGACCUGAUAUUAAAAUAUCAAUUUUAUAAUCUAUGCAAGAAGACCGAUAUUAUAAUAAGCGCUUUCAAAGACUUUAUCGCCAGACCAUUUUCAUAUAAAAUACCUCAGAAUUUUUUGCUAACAGAUCAUUCCAAUGAUAAGACGUUAGAAAUAUUUUCGUUGAAAACCGUUUCACUCGCAAAUACGCAGGGGCCUUUGUACAGUUCAAUUUUAAACCUUGGUUCUUGAUUGACGCCAUACGCUGCUAACAGCGUCACAUUGUAUGGGACAUUUCUAUACGGGACGCUGUACGAAGCGUAUGGCGUCAACUGAGACCAGGGCCUAACAAUGUCCUUAUUUAGGUUUAGGUCCGUAGCAAAUAGGUUUAUUGUUAUAUCCAGUGUUUAAAUAGUAACAAACAUUUGUAAAUCCGUAUAUGGUACCUUUUGAUAUGGAAAGCUUUAUUUGAAUUUCCAACUGUGUGGAUUCGCUGAAAUUGUUUAGGAGGUUUAUUACUUACAGACAUUUUCAUGGGCAUCGCCGGGGAGGGGGAGGUCAGAAGAAAACAAAAUUUCUAACAAUAUGUCAUAACAUUUAUGACAUAACAUUUUUUUUUUUAAUUCCGCUACCUAAAGCUUGUCUGGAAGAGAUCGCUUUUUAGCGAUAAGACCGCCUGUUGUUUACCUCUUCUUUAUGUGUUCUAAUAUUUGUACUGCUUCUGUAUUGAGGUGUGCAAUAAAAUAUAUUUGUAUUGUAUUGUAUGUCCCCUCCCACCCCCUUGUAAGAAAAAAUAAGACAUGUUCGACCCCCACCAGCCCUAAAUAGGAAUGUAAGACGUAAUAAAUGAAUUGCGCCAUAUCUGAUCAGCCGAAACAUGAAAUGAGAGGGAGGUGUUUAAUAAUAACAAACACUUUCACACCGCAGAGUAUGAUAGUUUAAAAACAUCCCGUACUCGUGUAUAUGUUGCUAACUACGCGUCUUAACUGGUCGAAUAUGUUUAAAAGUGGAAAAAUGGCUGCCCCCCCCCCCCCUGACAUAUGGUGGCACAAUUGGUUGGUUAUGGAUGAGGUCUUGGUGGCUCAGUUGUGCUGGAGCAUCGGUCUAGAACCUGUGAGUUAAGACUCACCCAAUGCAGUAAUUUUUUCGCUUUUAAAUUUAUUCUAAGCUUAACAGCAUCGUUCGCAGACGUUUCUGUUUGUUCAAAAUUAAUUUGGUUGAAAAUGUUUCAAUACUACAUAAGUAAAGAUAUAUAUCAAAUUGCGUAGACCACGAAACUUAUAUUUGUUAGAUAUUUAUGUUAAUAUUCCUGUAAGUUAAGUGUAUAUAAUGAUUAUAUUUUAAAGAUUUGAAGGGAAGGAAAUUUUAUUGUUUAAUGUAAUUUAUAAAAAUAAAAAUACUUAAACACUGAAA